AUGGUGAAUUUGUGCAUUGUGAAAGAAUGCAAUAAUUCUAGUACGUUGACUGUAAAGAAGUGCAUAAUGUUUAAGUUACCUAAAGAUGAAUUACGUCGUAAGAAUUGGCUGAUAAAUUGCGGUCGUCAAGAUUUAUUAGAACAAUCAACAGUACGUCGUUAUGUGUGUUCAGACCAUUUCGAAGACAAAAUGUACUCAAACCCUGAUAGAACAGUUUUAUUACCUACUGCUGUUCCUACUGAUUUCUCAUUGAUCUUUAAAGAACAUGCGUGCAGUACUUCAUGUGUGGAUACUAGUAUAUCAGAUCCAUUGUUUAAUAAUUCAGUUGCCACGAGUACUCCAACAAAACAAAAGGAGUCAAUUUCUAUUUCUUGUUCACUAUCUCCAAGUUCAUCAUAUUCUGCUGAUUGUUCGAUCUCCUCAUCUACUCAAACUACUCAAACUACUCAAAUUCUCUCAUUACAUACCCCAAGAAAGAAAAAGUACAGAUCUGAACUUCGAGAAAUUAAAAAUAAAUACGAACAGUUAGAACAGAAAAUGAAUGCGUUGAGUGAAGAAGUAGCUAUGAAGAAUAGUGCAAAUGCAAUAGAUGUAACUUCAGUUGAAUUGUUUAACAGAGUAGUUGAAGCACAUUUACCUCCUAACCUGUGCAUGAUUAUAAAACAGUAUGUUGAAAUGGGUAAGAAAAAACCUCAGGGCUACCGUUAUUCAAGUCAAAUUAAGCAGUUGGCACUAACUAUAUAUUUUUUUGGUCCACGUGUGUACACAUUUUUAAAAUCAUUAUUGCAAUUGCCAAGCCCAAAAACAUUACGCCGAGUCACAGAGAGGAUUAAUAUAGUGCCUGGAUUAAAUGACAUCAUAUUCGAAACUAUGGACUUGAAGAUAAGUAAUAUAAAAGAUGAUGCAAAGGAUUGUGUUUUAUGCGUUGACGAGAUGUCAAUCAAAACGUAUUUAUUUUAUAAUCUUUCUCAAGAUUACAUUGUAGGAUUUAAUAAUUCAUAUGACAGAAAAACAUACGAACCAGCAAAGCAAGUACUCUGUUUUAUGUUGAGAAGCAUCAAUUAUGAUUGGAAGCAACCAAUUGCAUACUGUUUUUAUCAAUAA